UUUUUCUCUGCCAGGAUGCCCAUGGCCGAGGCCCCUCAGGCGUCUGGCGGGCAGGGUGAUGGAGGCGAUGGCGAGGAGGCAGAGCCGGAGGGGAUGUUCAAGGCCCCCAAGAACUCCAGGAGAAAAAUCCAGUACUACCUACGCCUGGCACCCCUGUGGCUGGCCCUGGUUGUGCUGGCUUCAGGGGGCUUCCUGCUCUGGUAUUUCCUAGGGUUCAAGGCGGAGGUGACUGUCAGCCAGGUGUACUCGGGCAGCCUCCGUGUGCUCAAUCGCCACUUCUCCCAGGACCUUGCCCACCGGGAGUCCAGUGCCUUCCGCAGUGAAACUGCCAAAGCCCAGAAUAUGCUCAAGGCCCUCAUCGUCAGCACCCGCCUGGGCAUUUACUUUAACUCCAGCUCCGUCUACUCCUUCGGGGAGGGACCUCUUACCUGCUUCUUCUGGUUCAUCCUCCAAAUCCCCGAGCACCGCCGGCCGAUGCUCAGCCCUGAGGUGGUGCAGGCACUGCUGGUGGAGGAGCUGCUGUCCACGGCCAACGCCUCGGCCCUUGCUCCCUACAGGGCCGAGUAUGAGCCGGACCCCGAGGGACUGGUGAUCUUGGAAGCCAGCGUGAAAGACGUAGUUGCACUGAAUUCCACGCUGGGCUGCUACCGCUACAGCUACGUGGGCCAGGGCCAGGUCCUCCAGCUGAAGGGGCCUGACUACCUGGCCUCCAGCUGCCUGUGGCACCUGCAGGGCCCCAAGGACCUCAUGCUCAAACUCCGGCUCGAGUGGACGCUGGCCGACUGCCGGGACCGGCUGGCCAUGUACGACGCGGCUGGGCCCCUGGAGAGGAGGCUCAUCACCUCAGUCUAUGGCUGCAGCCGCCAGGAGCCUGUGGUGGAGGUCCUGGCGUCAGGCGCCGUCAUGGCCGUGGUCUGGAAGAAGGGCCUGCACAGCUACUACGACCCCUUCACGCUCUCCGUGCAGGCGGUGGCCUUUCAGGCCUGCGAGGUGAACCUGACCUUGGAGGGCCAGCUGGAGCCGCAGGGCGUCCUGAGCACGCCAUACUUCCCCAGCUACUACUCCCCCAGCACCCACUGCUCUUGGCAUCUCACGGUGCCCUCCCUAGACUAUGGCUUGGCCCUCUGGUUUGACGCCUAUGCACUGCGGAGGCAGAAAUACGACCUGCCAUGCACCCAGGGCCAGUGGAUGAUCCAGAACCGGAGGUACCCACCCCUGGACCCCUUUCCUCUCCCCACAG